ACGGCGCACGCCGCUCCUGGGGCGGGGCCUCCCGCCGGCCGGCAGGGGGCGCGCACCUGGCGAGGAGGCGACGCUUUCAUGGAGGGGGCGGAGGCGGAAGCGCGGGAGGGGGCCUCGGUGGCCCAGGACCUGCUGGCCUUGGGGUAUGAGGGCUUCCCGGGGGCGCCGUCGCUGGGCCCCUCGUGUCCAGACUUCAGGGCGCUGUGCGCGCGGCUGGCGGCGGAGCUGGCGUCUCUGGGCGCCCUGGAGCGGGAGCGAGGACAGAGCGCGGAGGCGCUGAGGGCCGGCGACGGCCCCGACGCGGAGGAGGAAUUCCUGCGACAGUUGGCCGGCCUGCUGCAGGAGUUGCACUGCCCGGACCGCGCGCUCUGCGGCGGAGAGGGCGCGGCGGCGCUGCGGGAUCCCGGCGCGUGCCUGCGCCUGCUGCGCUUUCUCUGCUCGGAGCUGCAGGCUGCCCGCCUCCUCUGUCUGUAUCGCCGGCUGGAUCCCAGCCCCGCACCGCCCUGUGGGGAGGGGGCAGAGGAGGGAGCUGGCAUGGUUCAGGAACUGGUCCUUACCCUCCGAGCUUUAGGGCUGCCCAGGCCGAAGCCUGGGACCGCCGCCAGCCGGCUGCUGUGGGAGUUACAUGACAAGAUCUCUGAGCUGCUGCCUUCCCUGCCCCCAGGGUUCCUGCAGCCCCUCCUUAGCUUCCCCCUGGACGCACCCAGAUGGGAGGCACUGGAGUCUCUGUGCCAAAGGCUGGGAGACCAGUACUGCUGCCGCCGCUGCCUGCUCCUGAAACGCCUGGACCUCACAACAUCGUCUUUCCACUGGAGUGAUCGGGCAGAGGCCCAAGGAGAAGCCAUGAAGGCAGUGCUGAUCCCAAUUCGAGAGGCUCUGACCCCAGAAUCAGAUGUCUCCAUCGCACACAUCCUGGCUGCCCGAGCAGACCUGUCUCGUCUUGUCCCAGCCACCAGCAAGGCUGCCCGCCAAGGGACCUGCUGUGCCAUCAACAAGGUGCUUAUGGGCAACGUGCCAGACCGGGGGGGCCGUCCAAAUGAGCUGGAGGCUCCCAUGCCCAGCUGGCAGAGCAGAAGAGAGGACGGAGGUGGGCGAAAGGCAGGCCACCAGAACUGGGGUCGCAAGAAGAAGAAGAAAUAAAGGGGGACUGGUGGUUGGAUGGGGGGAUCCUUUGUGACAUGCCAUUGGUAAUCCUUGGGAGUCACUUUGAGUUUUUCUUGGCAUCUGACUCCCAGGCCCCACAUCUCCUGCUCCUAAGGUCCCACAUGUCCUCCCCACAUCCCCCACCCCACAACACGGACCGUGUUCUCUGGAAAAUAAAUUUAAUUGAUGACA